GAUAUAUAUUUCAGAUUUUUAGUUAUUUCCGAUGAUUUUUUAUUACAUUUUUAUAUAUUAUAUGCUAUAAUCACAAUAAUUCACAAAAGAAGUAUUAAUAAUUUUUCAUAAUCACAACAGUUUAUAACUAAUUAAUAAUCAUAAACUUAAUAACAAAACAAUUUUUUGUUUACGUAUUUUCACAUAAUAUAAUAAUUUAUAUUGAGUUGUUAUCUAAUUUUUAUUUUUUAAACCUGAAUAUAUUUUUCGGAAAAAAGGGUAAAUAAUAGAACAAAAAAAAAAAAUGAUGGAUUCUCAGGAUGCUAAUCGUCCAGAACUGCUGGAAGAAGUAAGACUAUUUCGCAACGCCCGUGAACGAGAAAAGUAUGAUAAUAUGGCUGACUUCUAUGCACUAGUCAACACACUGCAGCAUUUGGAAAAAGCAUAUAUACGAGAUUGUGUGACGCCCAAAGAGUAUACUGCCGCCUGCUCAAAACUGCUUGUUCAGUGCAAAGCUUCUUUUAAACAAAUACAGGGCGACGAUUUUCCAACGGUUGAGUCCUUUGUUAAAAAAUACAAAUUAGAUUGUCCAGCAGCAAUAGAGCGUAUUAAAGAAGAUCGGCCGAUUACUAUUAAAGACGACAAAGGCAAUACUAGUAAAUGCAUUGCAGAUAUUGUUUCUUUAUUUAUAACCAUAAUGGAUAAACUAAGGUUGGAUAUUAAAGCAAUGGAUGAAUUGCAACCGGAUCUUCGUGAUUUAAUGGAUACCAUGAACAGGCUUAGUAUGUUACCAGCUGACUUUGAAGGAAAACAAAAAGUAUCUGAAUGGCUAAGUUCUCUGUCAUCUAUGAACGCAUCAGAUGAAUUAAAUGAAACCCAAGUGAGACAAUUGAUUUUUGAUCUUGAAUCAUCUUACAACGCAUUCAACAAGUUGCUCCAUCAGUCAUCUUAGUUAAAUUUAUUAAUAAUAUUAUAAGUUAUAACCAAAUAUAAGAGUUACAUUAGAUUA